UUCUUAUUCUCAACUUUAAGUACUUAAACAAAUGUGCAUCUAAGAUGCCUGGUCUCGUUGUUUUUCGAAGGCGUUGGUCAGUUGGCUCUGAUGAUCUGGUGGUGCCUGGUGCAUUCCUCCUAACUAUACAUCUUAUUUGUUUAAUUACCGUUAUUGCGUCCCUCUGCACUUUUGAAUAUGACACCAACAUUUUUGACGUUAAGUUACUUUUUUAUCAUCAAAUAGGCUAUGCAAUUAUAUUAGGUGCCUCACUGGCCAUAGAAAUUGGAAUAUGUAUUAUAUCGAUGAGAGGUAGUAUAUUGGAUUCAGAGGCCCGAGCGCCAAUAAAUUUGUGGAUAUAUUUAAAGACUGCGGUAAUGCUAUUUGAUAUCUCUUGGUUAAUCCUGGGAUCAAUAUGGCUGUCCAAGUAUUAUUUGGAUUCUCCAGUUAAUACACCAAAACAAAUAUUCUUUGCAAUUGUGAUCUCAAGCUGGGCUUUAGUUUUUAUAACUGGAAUAACUGUUUGGUGUACCUUCGAUACAGCCGGAAGAUCUUGGGUGAAAAUGAAGAAAUAUCAACGAUCGAUGCGCGAAACCGAAUCUCGUUUUAAUUAUAAGCGCAGUAAUAGCAUGAAUCGUAAUUGGCGCCAAAGAAAAGUGAUACGGGCAUAUCAAGACAGUUGGGACCAACGUUGCCGCCUACUUUUCUGUUGUAUGGGUUCCUCAGAACAAACUCGCAACUCGUUUACCGAUAUAGCUAGGCUGUUAAGUGAUUUUUUCAGGGAAUUGGAUGUUGUGCCAUCGGAUGUUGUGGCCGGUUUAGUAUUAUUGCGCAAAUUUCAACGUCUCGAACGGGAGGCCAUUGUGCGACAGAGAAAGAAUGGAACGUAUGAGUUUCUAAGUGGUGUACCCAUAACCGAACGGACACAAUUUCUUGCCUUGAAUGAUGCCAAAAAUUAUGACUUCUUUCAAACGGUCAUACAUUAUAUGUAUUUUGCUCAAGGUGCCUAUGGCUGGCCCAUGUAUUUUAUUAUUAAUCGUUCAAAAGUCUGUCAACUGGUGCCGGAACUGAAAUGCUUUGGCUGUUGUACUGGCGGUGCAGCGACGACCGAGGCUGAGGUUAUUCAGGACAAUUGCUGUUAUUGUAACUAUGCUGCCCUCAAAAAGACUCUACAAGUUGGAGAUAUUGAAAUUGUUUAUGUCACAUAUCACGUGGAUGUGGGUGAGACGCCAUUUUUUGUGGCCAUCGAUUACACCCAAAAGAAAAUUGUCAUUAGCAUACGUGGUACACUGAGUAUGAAAGAUAUUCUGACCGAUUUAAAUGCUGAAGCUGAAGUGUUGCCACUAAAUCCACCACGUGAUGAUUGGUUGGGUCACAAGGGUAUGGUGCAAGCAGCGGUCUAUAUUAAAAAUAAACUUCAGGAAGAGAACAUCAUUGAAAAAGCAUUGAAUAAGAAUCCCGAAAGGAAUACGAAUAGUUUUGGUUUGGUGAUUGUUGGGCAUUCUUUGGGUGCUGGAGCUGCCUCAAUAUUGGCAAUACUUUUGAAACCAGAUUAUCCAUCGGUGCAGUGUUUUGGUUAUGCUCCACCUGGUGGUCUUUUAAGUAUGCCCGCCGUUGAAUACUCCAAAUCAUUUAUAACAUCUGUGGUAUUGGGUAAAGAUGUUGUACCCCGCAUCGGUCUAUACCAAAUGGAAGCCCUAAGGGCUGAUCUCAUAAAUGCUAUACAACGUAGCAUAGAUCCCAAGUGGAAAACAAUAUCAUGUUCAAUCAUUUGUUGUGGAUGUGGGCCAGAACCAAAAUCCGUAUUGGAAAUGUCUGGCAAAGAUACCCAUAUAAAUAAAUAUCAGGAGGAACGUGGCACAGCUCGUUCAACGAGUACCCAUCCCACAGACAGUUCAAUAGCUUUAACAUUACAUCAACCCUUAUAUCCGCCAGGACGUAUUAUACAUGUGGUUCGGCAUCAUCCCAAGGCAGAUGAGAAAAAAUAUGACAGAGGUUGGAGGUAG